AUGGCUGAUGCAGCAAUUGCACGUCGCGAAGCACGAAGAAGAAAAAUAUUAGAGAAUUCCCAAAAUAGACUUCAACGAAUUGCAGGCAAAGCUGGUGAAGAAUGCUGCAGAGAAUCACCUGUCCACUCCCCAAUAUCGGAGUAUCAGGAGACGGUUUCUUCUGAAAUCAGCAAUAGCAAGGCACCAUUACACAAUGGAGUGCUAAGUUCAUCUUUAUUGUCCCCUGAGAACUUCAUAUUAGAUCCCGAAGCGACGACAAAUCACAACAGUAUUAUAAAUGACUUAGCAUCUUUACUACCUCCAAAUGUCUCGGGCAACUCAACUUCGGAAGCCGUGCAGAAACCCUCACUAAUGGAAUAUAGUAUUACCUAUAAGUACAAAGAUGUUGUGGUAUCCACAACAAGCAAGCAAUUCUAA